AUGGCGACUACUAGUCAGAAUUAUGUGAUUGGAGAAAACGAUUUGGGUCUGCCGCACUACUUGGUCGAGCUAGAUGAAUACCACUUAAAGGAGUUCGAGCAGUUUAGCUCAAUGUGCUCUUUAGAUGAGUACGAGCAACUUCUAUACACAUUGGAGAAUAAGUUUUUGCAUAAAACCGUUCCUGUUCCGCCUAGUGAUGGCAUUAUAAUUAUGCUUACACUAGCUACAGCUUCACCACAUUACAAAGACCAGUUUAUUAAAGCAAAUGACCCUUAUAAUGUUGGUCGCGCUGAUAUUACGAAGAGGUGUAUGCGCUUGCUACUUCAGCUUGUCCGACUUGUUGAGAGCUUUGAUUCUGAGAAGUAUAAUGUGUAUGACCUCGAAUUAUUAAGGUGUCAGCUGUUUUUGGUGCUCGACCAUAUAAAUCCAAAACGCCUUUUGGUGCCAAUUUCCAAGAGAGUUAGAACUCAUCAUGGUAAUAAGCUUUCCAGUAUUCCAUUUAGUGAUGGAGAAAUGUCUCUCGACAAUACUUCAAAUCUUAGGACCAAUUAUACAUACAUUAGUGUAUUGGAAACGAAAACCACGGUUUUUCAAAAUCCACUUAUAACUCAUGUGCUGUCUCAAAAUGGAGGUUUUUGGAACUUUGUGGGAUGGGCCUUAUCUUCGGAGAUCGAUGAGGACCUUGUAAAGAACUAUUGCGGCGAGACCUGGUUGCCAAUUGUGUCAUUUUUGUUCUCGUUGUAUGACCUGCGGCAGGAAUAUUUUAAGCAUUGCGAGAUGGGAAAGGAACUCUCAUCUUUGGAAUAUGCUAAUAGGCUGUCUAAGAGUCCACUGGUAUCACUCUUUAAGUCCUUGGGAUCCAAAGAAAUACAUGUAGCGCUCUGUGAUGCGAUAUUUAUAAACUGCGGUGAAGGCAUUGGAAAUGGUGAAGGCAGGCCUGUGUACCAUUCUGAACUAAACCUUUCAGCGAAUUAUAUUCCUAUUCACAAGGGUUCGGUAAGCUAUAGGCUACAGAAAUCUAUGCGGUACAGAAGGCGCAUUCUUGCUUCAUAUUUCAAGGUAUUAGCGGAUAUACCAGUUGAUCAGAGAAUUAGACCCUUUUCAGAAGAGCAGAGCAUAAAACACUUGGUGAGAACAUUAGUCAAGUUAGAGACUGUUGAGAUGUUUCAGGAAUUCUUUUACGCGGAUGACCUGCACACUAAUAUGCACUAUCUGCCUCUACUUGCUGAAAGAAUCGUCAUUGACUUAUGGGAAGAUUGCGGCAAGAUUAUAGAACUAGCAUUAUCCUCCAAUCUUGGAAAUCUGGACUUGACCAUUGAGGAAUGCGAAAAGAUAUUAGAUGGACGCCCACAAGACUGCGCAAAUGACUUGGGACUGAAUAAAACAACCGUUUAUCUCGAUACAUGUACAUUGGUACUACUUAAGUAUGCCGUAAUGUUACACGGCGACGGUAUAACGAAGUCGUCUAAGUUAAAGCAUCUUGCUCAAGAAGUUAUACGAGAGGAAUCUGAACUGGUGAGUAAAAGUUCGAUAGAUGAAUCUUACCCAAGCAUUGCACCAUAUUUAAACUCUAUAUUUCAGUUGUAA